UGUUUGGCUUGGACUCGCCGCUUGGUCUCUUUCCGCCCGGAAUUGACCCGGGUAAACUCUACAAUCCGCUAAUGGAAAUGUCCGAUCCACGUGGCAUGCCCAGCGAUCAUCCGCCGCCCUUUCUGAAAGGCAAAAAAAUACCACGACCUAAGGGCCAACACUCGGCGCCACGUGGCGGUCCACCACGCUCAUGGACCAACACCGAACUCACCGAAGCACUGCAGCAUGUCUGGAACAAGAAGAUGACCACCUCGCAGGCGUCACGCAUCUUUGGCAUACCCUACAAUUCAUUGCUGAUGUAUGUGCGCGGCAAGUAUGGCAAGAGCCUAAAGCUGGAGCAGUUGCGCAAGGAUUGUAUCAGCGGUCCACCACUUGAACUGCUACAGCUUGGUCUCGGUCAUGGCACCGGUGGUAGUAAAAAGAAGGAUGAAUCACGCAAAGAGAAAGCGGCUAAUAGAAAUGCAGAAAACGCGGCAAAUAAUAACGCCGAACUUGACUUGGGCAUACCGCUGCCGGGUAUGGUGCCUGGCAACGGCCCGGGCGGUCCACGUAAUGCCAACUCUGAGCCAGAUCUGCUAGGUGGUCCCAACUCGCUGUUUGGGCCAUUCCCCGGCGCUUUCUAUCCGGACUUCCCCGGUGGCUUCCCUGGUCUACCGCUAAGCAUGCUCAACCUUCUGCCUCCGACGGAUCGUCACCAACCACAUGGCGCCGGCAUGACGGCAUUACACCAUCUCGGAAUGGACGAGGACUGCAAAUCGGAUCGCUCUAAACAAUCUUCCUCGCUGGGAGAUGAUGAUUUCGUCAGCGGCGGCAUGUUGGGCGCUGGCAUGCAACCGCUUGCGCUCAAUCGCAACGACAACGAGCGACGGUCCGCCGGUGGUGAAAUUUUGUCGGUGCCUGGUUCGGUGGGAGCGCCGCCACCGCCACCACCCCCUAUGAGCGCUGCCGUCGGUGGCGGUGCGCAACAAAAUGGCGGUAUGCAGGAUUGAAAUUUCUGGCGG